AUGUCAUCGCUUAUUCUUUCAACAUUUGCGGAGCGUCUCACUGAACUGGGUCAAAGAACUACCUUCCUGGAGCUACCUCCUUACUUAGAUCGUUCGUUCCCCAAUUCAAACUCGGGCAAAGUUGUCCAGACUAAGCAAGGCUCGAUGGAAUUGAGGUUCGAUGUAAUUGACCUGCCUUAUGUUGGACUUCCCAACUUACCUAGCGGAAGAAAAGGGCUAGGACCUAUAAAUAUAAAUAUGUAUAGGUCACUUCCACCAACAACUCAAGCUAUUUCUUACUGGGAUUCUCCACAAGUACUAGAAAGUAUGGGAUCUCUACAACUUGUUCCACAAACUCAAACUAUCGGUCAAGGAAGCAUACGCCUCUAA